AUGCAGCUCGCGUUGGCGUUCUUCCUCACCAGGACAGAGCUGUGCGCCGGCGCGAUGAACCUGGCGAUGCUAAUCGUGGGGCGGAUCUGCCUCGGCGUCGGCGUCGGGUUCGGCAACCAGGCGGCGCCGCUGUUACUAUCAGAGAUCGCGCCGGCGCACAUCCGUGGCGCGCUCAACAUCCUCUUCCAUCUCGACGUCACCAUUGGGAUCCUCAUCGCCAACGUGGUCAACUACUUCACCUCAAACAUCCACCCAGUUGGCUGGAGGUACUUGCCCGGUGGUGCUGGCAUGCCCGCAGUGCUAUUCCUCGGAUCACUGGCGAUCACCAAGAUGCCGACGAGCCUCGUCGAGCAGGGGUGCCGCGAGCGGUGGACGGCAGUGGUGUUGCCGCACCACAAGGGAUCUAUGGUGAAGCACUGCCUCUGGCAGACGGCCGGUGCAAGGUUGAGGAAGAAGACGCACCUGGUGAAGCAAACCUUGAAGCAGGGCGCCUCGCAUGGCGUACCGCAGCUUGGGAAGGCGAAGCAUGGCGCGGCCGCCGGCAGCAGUGGCGCCUGCAGAAGGCUCCUCCUCUUCGCGAGCCCCUGCGGGAGCCGCCCGUCCUCCUCCGCCGCCGCCGCCGGUGACGGCGCCGCCAGCAGGGCCAGCAUGAGUACUGCGGCGGCCAUGAUCGUCGUAAGUGUCGCAGUACUGGAAGCCAUUGCUAGCAGGGUAGCACGAGUGGCAGCUGAGCUGAGCUCUGAGACUGAGAGGUCUACACAAGAAGAAGAAGCUUAA